AGCGUUCAACUGUCUUAUGGUGUUGUGAAUGAUGCUGUCUUCUCAAAUUUUAAGAUGCGUUUGUGUCAACUGCUGAUUAGUGGAUUGUGGCAUGUUAAUUCCAUUCCAUAUAGUUUAUUGUCUGUGGUAUCUGAGACAGUUAAGAUAGAUAGAUAUGGCGUGCAACUCUGGUUAAAG